GAAUUACAGAGCAUUUUUUCCAUUUGGAACAUUAAAAUCAGAAAAUAUAAGGCAGUGUAGGAUUUUAGAAAUAGAAAACUAGAACAAAGUCUAAGCAGCAGAUGAAAACCAUGUAAAAAAUGUCAUCAAAUAGAAUAAUAAGUAAUAAGAAUAAAUAAAACAUAGACAUACAAAACCAAACUAAAAGAAGCAACAAACAAAAAUUAUUAAAAUAAAAUAAAAAGAAACAAAUUAAUCCAGAUAAACCGAUACACAGUUCAAGAGUUUCAUUGUUUUCUUAUGUAUUUUUUUUUAGGGAUUUAUAAGAAAAACAGGAGAUCGUUUUUUGAACUACAAAUAAUUAAGCUUCUCUUUCAUGAAACGACAUUUAUGAAUAAAAAGUGUACCUAAAAUAACAAUAUAUUUAAAAACAGCAUGAAUUAUCUUGUAUAUUAAAACUAAUCUAGUGUGAGAAUUGUCUAUUUUGAACACAUUUGUGACAGAAUUUUCCUUCUAACAGGAAGGGGAAAUAAUUUAGCUGUCAAGGAGACUCUUAAAACUUUGUUAUUGCAUUUUUAUCUUUAAAACAUACAUUAUCAAUUAUCAUAUCACAGUUUUGGAAGAUUUUUAAAGUUGAGGUCAAAUCGAUGAUUUUUGUACACGUACUCUGAUUAAAUGGGUUUGUAGAAAUUGCUUUAAUAACUCUUGAAUAUUCUAUGAAUGUGCAAUCCAAAUUGCACUUUGUUGUGUAUUCAAUUGCUCCACCACAACACUAGAGGGCGCGUUGUAUGACGGACUGAGUUCUUAUGUUACGUGUGAAGAGGAAGCAUUAAAAAAGAGGAUUCAGCGGGAAAAGCAUUCUGAGUCAUGUCCUGAUUUCUGUGCAAAAUCUGAGGAUUACUUCUACAAGAAUACAACAAAUUGGCGACGAGGAUGGCGAAUCUUGUCCCCUGCCCUGCGUUGUUUCUACAGUCCGCCGGACAACCUGCGAUUCCAUUCGAGAUGUGGAUGAAAAUGUUUUCCAACUACCUGCUUGCUAUCGGCGCAGAGGGGGAUGAGUGGCCCGACAAGCGUAAACGUGCGCUGCUUCUACAUUGCCUGGGCACGGAAGGACAACGCAUAUUCUACACGCUAAAGGACGGAGGUGCAAGUUUUGACUCAGCCGUAGCUGCAUUGAAAAAACACUUCACACCAGCAAUCAACGUGGUGGUGGAGCGACACAAGUUCAGACAGCGGCUGCAGAGACCGCAUGAGACUGUUGCUGAAUAUGUGGGCGCACUGCGUGAGCUGGCGACUACAUGUGAGUUUGCUGAAAAUACGGACGAGAUGAUACGGGACCAGCUCAUCGAGCAUGCUAAUUGUCCGAGAAUACGGGAGAAAUUGUUGGUGCAAACGGAGGCAACGCUUACACUGGACAUGGCAGUAAAGAUGGCGUCUCAAGUGGAGUCGGCAAUAGGACACGCACAGACUCUCACAUCACCGCCGGAGGCUCCGGUGCACGUCAUGACUGCAAAGCCAAAACACCCACCCAGAGUAAGGAGCAAUAAACCACCCGAGCCCGGAGCAGCAUCUAAACGGGACCGGUGUUGUUUUAGAUGUGGCUCUUCAGCUCAUCUUGCCAACGCUCCAGACUGCCCUGCACGCAAAGUGACCUGCCGAAACUGCUGCAAAACUGGACAUUUUGCCCGUGUGUGUAAGUCCAAAGCUACAGCUAAGGUGGGAGAAGUGGUUGUUCUUGAAAUGAAUACAGUACUGAUGUUACAAGAUGAGCUAAUCGACCAAAAGAUUACCUGUACAGUGACCAUAACUACACAGUCAGCUUCAUGCUCUGCUGCAUUAGUGGUGGACACAGGUUCUGCAGUAUCUAUUAUCCCUGAGCAUCUCUACAGAGAGCACUUCAGUGAUGUGUCACUUUCUGAGCCAGCCUCCAGGCUAGUGACAUACACUAAGUCCAAAGUCCCUGUGCUGGGCUGUUUCUCAGCUACAGUGAAGCAUGCUAAUGCUAAAGUACCAGCUACACUGUAUGUGGUGAAAACAGGCACAGCUUUGCUAGGAUUGGACUUGUUUAGAGCGCUGAGGCUCAUCAUUGACAACAAUGCAGUACUUCCUGAAGCAGCUUCUUCACCGACGGUGACUUCAUCAACAGCUCCAGUAGACGAGAUUAAAACGGGAGCAGCAGCUGAAAAGCUGGGUCUUGCAAAAGGGUUUAUUCAUAAAGUGAAGAUCAGAGAGGAUGUUCAACCUGUCCAACAAAAGCUCAGAAGGCUUCCAGUCUCAGUCAGACAAGCUGUCUCUUGUGAAAUUGAGAGGCUGUUGGAGAUGGAAGUCAUAGAGAGGAUUGAUGCCUCUCCCUGGGUAUCUCCCAUUGUAGUGACACUAAGGAAAAAUGGGAAAGUGAGAAUGUGUGUGGAUUAUCGUGAGCCAAAUAAGGCAAUAGUGAUGGACAGUCAUCCUCUUCCACAUAUGGAUGACAUUUUUUCAAACAUGUAUGGAGCUACAGUUUUCUCCACUAUUGACUUGGCAAAUGCUUAUCAUCAGGUGUUGCUGGCAGAAGAGAGCCGUGACAUAACUGCGUUCAUAACACAUGAAGGACUGUUCAGGUUUCGUCGAGUCCCUUAUGGGCUGUGUUCAGCCCCAAGUGCAUUCUCCAAGCUCAUGUCCCUGGUGCUGAAAGGCUUAAAAGGAGUCCAGAACUACCUGGAUGACGUGAUUGUUUAUGGCAGGGACCAGCAAGAACAUGAUCGCAACCUCCAAGCAGUUCUAGCCGCACUUAAUGAAGCUGGUCUCCAGCUUAAUAUGGAGAAAUGCCAUUUUAACCAGAAGAGCUUGCAGUUCCUUGGGCAUGUCAUUUCAGCCAAAGGUUUGCUGCCUAAUGAGGAUCACCUGAAGGCUAUUGCAGAAGCUCCAGCACCGGGCGACGCCACUACUCUGCGCUCAUUCCUGGGACUUACUGCAUGAUUGCCUCUUCCUUCAGUCGAGAAUGCAGAACCAGUGGUGGAGCCUGAGCUGGUGGCUCUCCUGGAUACAGAACUGAAAGCCCUCACA